UAAAAUUAUACCUAAAUCUUUUUUAAUUGAAUAAAUACAUUCAAUUAAAAAUAAAAUAGUGAUGGAGGGAGAGGGGAUUUAAACACAUUGUAAUGUAAAUAAACUGUGUUAAACUCCUAAAUGUUGCAAACCUAUACCUAUAGAAUACUUCAGAAACUGCUUCAAGAAUGAGGGAAUGGACUGGAUAGAGUUUGAAAGUAUGAAUGUGGCUAGAGUAUACUUUACCCUGACUACACUAGGAGACAAGAUACUUGCUGCAGGAGGAUUAACUGGACAGGAAUAUACUGCUACUGUGGAGGUGUUUGAUGGAUCCUCCUGGAAGCUUCAAAACUAUGAAUUAACAUCUGUAAGAGAGGAUCACUGUGCUGUUCCUAUCAGUGAGAGUCAAGUCAUGCUGCUUGGAGGAUGGUCUAACGGCUUCUUAUCUCUUGUUGAAGUCUACAGUAUUGAAGAGGGAUUCAUUGCAGAGCUUCCAUCAAUGCCAACUGCAAGGUAUGGACUAGCAUGCAGCAUGUUUAAGGGAGAAAUAUGGACAGCUGGAGGAUUUAAUGGUCGAGUAUACAAUGCUUUUAAAGGAAACAAUGGUAAUGCUGGGUCUCUAGAUUUUGUAGAAGUCCUCUCACUGUUUACAAACACCUGGAGGAGUGGUCCUAAGCUGACCAGGGGGAGAAACUACCUAACAAUGGAGGUGCUGGACAACAGCCUGGUAGUAUUUGGAGGGAACAAUGGGUUGGGAGGGUCGGGAGUUGCAGACAGCAUGGAGAUCCUUGAAGGUGAAGAGUGGAGGGAGGAACCUCUGCAAUAUCAACAUUAUAGACAUGCCUCUGUAUCAAUUCCUUGUAAUUGAUACAUAGAUGUUCAUUCUAUUGUAACUUAAUUAAUAAUUUGAUUUAAAAUAGUGCCUUUUCUAAAAAUAAAUUGGAUUUAAUGCAG